AUGGCCGUGUCGCCCCCGUGGCGGCUGCGGAGGCAGCGGUCCGUCCCGGCCGCCGUCGUGGCCACCUUCGCGCCCUGCGUCGGCGGCGGCGCAGGUCACCAGGCGGCGCCGCCGCCGCCGAGAGUCCUUCGCUUGGGAGGGGCGGCCAAGUCUGCUCGCUACCGCCGCCGCCGCGUAGUCGGGGAGGAGGAAGAGGGUGGGCGCUUCGACCACGCCACACCGUCGGCGGAGCGGCCCGCCCCCGGCGGCGUGGCCCUCGUGCGCGCGCUGUGGAGGAGGAUCGUGAGGGGGAGGAGGUGGAAGGUGAUGAGCCGGAGCGGGUCGUCGUCGGUCGGGGAGCAGUACGGGCAGGACGAGUACGAGCAGAACUUCGACGAGGGCGCCGCGGCGGCCGGCGGCGAGCCCGAGCCCGAGUACCUCUCGCGGUCCUUCUCCGCGCGCUACGCCGGCGGCCGGCGAUCCGCCGGGCUGGCGCCUUGGGGUGCCCCCCGCGAACUAAUCCAGGUGACUCAGUGAACUGAUCUCAUCAUCAUGGCUGCCAUGGCAUAUUUGUGCGGUUUAGAGAACCUGCUCAAUGGCGGGUAAAUCAAACCUCAUAUGUCUACUUUGCAGUAUGUAAAUUUAAAAUUUUAACGUAAUCCAUCCAAAGGAAUGUCACUGCUGAAACUCACUAUUGUGUUUCUGUUUAAUUUGAAUUUUGUUUUUUUUU